AUGUUGUUCUUCAUGAUUGGCUCCGCGGGCGCUAAACCAUCACACUUCACUGGCAGCUCUCGAGAAUUGACCUCCGCCCCAUGCGGUCGCCCUGGCGAGACGCCCGCGGAGCCAUCCAGUGCCACAAUGUGGUUGAUCACCAGUACAAGGCCUUCGAUUGGCUCGGUGCUGGUCAGCACGCGGUCUCCCAAGGCAAAGACGCAUCCCAUCACAGUGCGAGGUUCUCGAACUGGUGUGACCCCCGCUCCGCGCCUUUCACCCUACAUCUAUGCGGGUGUCCCCGUGAUUAUUUCUCUCGUUCACCCACGGCGACAUCAAGUUUUGUUUGAGCUCUGGCCAAGACAUGAGCUCGGUGCAUCUAUAGAACUUCGAAGAGAGCUCUUCUCUGGCGAUGAUCAUCCUCGACAAGCGACGUAA